GACUAGACUUGAACUCUUUGUAGGCGAUGUCACGUCGUAGAUGAUUUACUUAACACAUUUCCCAUUACACAUUUGCUAGAAUUCCUAUUCUAUGUUGGAAAAGAGUACAAUUUUGCCAUCUUAAAUAUGACCUGGAUCAGCGUGCUUAAAUAAGAAUGUAAAUACACACACGUGUAUCACUAUUGAUAUGCUGGGAUAGAGGAGACAAAAAAUUUCCAAAAAAUGGCCACCUCCCUCAGUCCCUCCCCCUUCAUAAUCUUAAUGAUAAUCUAAUGUUUGUUUCAAGUCACAUGCAUUCAUGUAAUAAAUGCACUUGACAUACCUUCACUUUCAUUGGAGUUGAGCACCUCUUCCUGUUCAACUUAUUGAUGCAGACAACGCAGAAUACAGGCUACAUGACAUUGGAGAAGGCUGAUAUUGGGUCAGAUAUGUCGAACGCAUGUGGUAUCCUGUGCCUCGGUCCUCUGACGUUCCAUCAAAGCGCCGUUGGAGACAAGGUCCACCUUAGUCAGGGGUAUCGGCAUGCAAAGAGGGAUAAAAACACCUUCAAAAAUGGCUUGGUGUUCAGCAGUCGCCCCGUGAGGGCCCAGGAGCGGAUUCGACUUCGGAUUGAAGCCGAAGCCCCCAAAUGGAACGGAGCAAUGCGAGUGGGCUUCACCAAUGUUUCUCCCGAUUCCCGUUCUCUGCCCCUGCCAGAUUUCGCUAUCCCAAACCUCACCAACACCUCUGGACACUGGGCUGCUCGUGUUUCUGAGGCCCUCUGCAAGACAGGAUCUGAGCUGAUAUUCUGGGUGUCGAGAUCAGGCAGUAUUUAUGUCGCGGACCAGUAUGGCUGCAAGAAAAAGCUCUUAAAAGGAGUGAUCCUCAAAAAGCCUCUGUGGGCCAUGAUUGAUAUUUAUGGAAAGACAUGCUCCAUUCUCCUUUUGGGUUCUAAGAAGCGCGGAUUUUUAUCAACCAGGAGGUCAUGUGAGACUUCCCCCAUGCUUUAUGCUGACACAGAUUCCGUAAUAUCUCCCCUUCUCAACCCGACAAAAGAUGGAGAAGAAAGGACGACCUGUGUGGCGUGUAUGAACCGGCAAGCCAACGUCUUUCUGCCUUGUGGCCACCGCUGUUUGUGUCAAAAGUGUUUGGUCCGUGUCAUUGAGAACUUUGAUACUUGCCCCUUGUGCAGAUGCAGCAUUACGGGGCAAUCGACGGGAUGGAGAUUGAUUCUUGACCACUGAAAAAAGUAACUGCUUUUUAAAAUGCAACUAUAGUAGGAGUGUCAAACCGGUCCUCCAAGGGCUGCAGUGGGUGCUGGAUUUCAUUCCAACCAGUGUUGUUUUUGCCAGCCCUUUUAAUUUUCGUCUUAGUGCUAGUCUUUUGGAUGAAAAUACUUAUUAAUCUGUCAUAUUUUAGUUAUUUCAAAAUGUGUUCGUCUUCGUCUAGUUUUGGUCAACGAAAACUCUGACAAAUUUCGUCUAGUUUUAGUCGACAAUUCUUAAAAAAUUUUCGUCUAUAAACUUCAAAAGUUUUAGUCCAUGAUUAAAUAAAUAAAUAAAAGGUUUCCUAACAAUUUUGAAUGAACAUGACAGGCGAGCACAUAGCUGUGGAGUCUACAACGACAUCACCAUUUUCAUGAUGAUAAUACACACUCAGCAGGAAAACAGCACAUUAUUUGCAAAUAAUUAAACUCGCCUGUAUGGCAUCAACCAUAUGAAAAUGUUUUCGAAGAGUUUAAGAAGACACAGAGUCACCGUGCUAAAUGCUAAUGCUAACGCGAAUGCUAUGCUAACGCUACAAGUUAGUGUAGUGUGUGAUGAUGACUCAGCCCAGACCAUAGACUUCAUAACUACUGACGGGACACGGGGUGCAGGGCCGAUUGAUAGGGGGCCUGCAUUGUUGGCAUGGCUGUCAAAGCUGACUGAGUGGAAUCACAGACAAAGAGCUUUUUCUGUUGAAAAUUCUUGUGAUGCAAAAAAAACGGCAGUUACGCAUUUAUUUCAUGUAAAUAUGUCGAAGUACGAGGCUAGUCUGUUAGUCAAUGCGGCGGCCGACAUUUUUAAACAGAGCUUUUUCCGUUGAAAAUUCUUGUGUAUUAAUGUUUCUAUCCCCGAAUUCUUUAUAGAUAUAAACGUAAAACAGUCUCGAUUCUUUGUUAAGGCGCAGCACGUCACGAGUGACACGACCAAAUACUGCUAAGGUGCGUGUUAACUACACACACACGAUAAGAAAAUAUCACACAUUGUAGACUUAUGUCGUAAACCAUGGCGAAUUUUCAUCUCGUCUUGUCAGACGACAACUAGCAUCCGUCUCGUUAUGUUUUAGUCUCCCAAGACACAUUUUUAGCUCGUCAGCAUGACGUCAUCGUCAUGAAAAAUUUGUUCGUUGACGAAAUAUUUUCGUUAUUGUCAUCGUUGACGAAAACAACACUCACCUGGAUACCACGAAUUAUGUAAAAAUUUUUAGAAGAGUCUAAGAAGACACUCACUAAGUCACCGCGCAAAAUGCUAAUGCUCACGCAAACGCUAUGCUAACACUACAAGUUAGUUUGGUGUGUGAUGAUCAUUGAGCACAGACCUUCAAAGGCUAAAGCAACAUAGCAUAGCCAAGAUAAGAAAACAAAACUUACCAAGAAGCACCUGACAUGUGUUUCAUAAAAGGAGCCUGGAACGGGCACAUGCUUAAACCUGUCUGUGGGGCAGGGGGUUGUUGGGAGGCGCAGCACAUCACAUGAGUGAUACGACCAAACACUGAUAAGAUGCAUGCUAACUACACACACAAUAAGAAAAUAUCACACAUUGUGAAUUUAUGUCGGAAACCAUGGCGAAUUUUCAUCUUGUCUCGUCAGACGAACACUGGCAUCCAUCUCAUGUUUUAGUCUCCCAAGACACGUUUUUAGCUCAUCAUCGUGAUGUCAUCGUCAUGAAAAAUUUGUUCGUUGACGAAAUAUUUUCGUUAUCGUCAUCGCUGGCGAAAAUACUAACCUGGAUGCCACGGACUAUUAAAAUUUUUUCGAAGAGUUUAAGAAAACACUCACAGAUGUCACUGCGCAAAAUGCUAAUGCUCACAUGAACGCUAUGCUAACACUACAAGUUAGUUUGGUGUGUGAUGAUCACUCAGCACAGACCAUCAAAGGCUAAAGCAACGUGACAUAGCCAAGAUAAGAAAACAAAACUUACCAAGCAGCACCUGACAUGUGUUUCAUAAAAGGAGCCUAGAAUGGGCACAUGCUUAAAGGGGCGUCGUGGGGAGGCACAGCAUGCCACAUGAGUGACACGACCAAACACUGCUAAGAUGCAUACUAACUAAACAUGCGAUAAGAAAAUAUCUGAUAAACUUAUAUCGAAUUUUCGUCUCGUCUCUUCAGAUGACAACUGGCAUCAUCUCCAUCCAUCGUUUUUCGCUCGUCAUCGUCAUGAAAAAAUUGUUCAUUGACGAAAUAUUUUCAUUAUCGUCGUCGUUGACGAAAACAACACCGAUUCCAACCAAAUGAGAUGAAUACCUUUUCACCUAUCUGUCCAAGUGUAAUCAGUUGAUUGCAGUCAGGUGCUGCUUGUUUUAGCAGAAACCUCAUUGGUUGAACUGUCUGUGCUGGAUCUGUUGGAACGAAGACCAGGACCCACUGCGGCCCUAUCCGGAAUUGGUUUGACACCCCUGCACUAUAGUGACCAACAAUAAAGUAAAUGAGUAGAGCAGGCCUACAUAUUGGUCAAAACAAAACUGAGGCUGUAUCCUCAAAUGUUUGAUAUUGUAACAAUAGAAACUAACUCAUUAUUUUACGUACAUUAAAAACCAUUAUAAACUAUGAGGAUGAACUCAAAAUAUAUGAUUUGUUUUUCAGGACCUCUCUGUGAAUUUGAAUUUUGUACCACUUGUAAAUAGAUGUAUUUCUUGACAAUUAAAAACAUGCACUUUUGGUUCUGCCAUUCUCAUAAUACAAAAUGCAGAGUAUCUGUUUAAUGUUUAAAAUGCUGUAUUUUGUUUCUACUUAAAAGGCAAAGUUCUGUUUGCACUGUAAAUAUAUGUAAUCUAUACAAUUAUGAUGUAUAUAUUGUCCAUUUAGCACUUCAAUGAAAAGCAAAAUAAAGCUAUU